AUGACAAUAGGAACCUUUUCCGUGAAAGAGCACGUCCAGUCGACCUUGGACACCCUCAUCGACGACCCCUUGAAGGCCAAUGAACUUUGGAACACGCCGCCAAACAUAAAGGAGGAAGUGGACUGGGACAGCCGAGACGACGAGGUGGUGAUCACGCCGCCAUUUCUGGGAGAUGACGCCGACAGCGACAAGCCAUGGCGCGACCUCGACAACCACGCGGGGGAACAGGCUCCCACGAUUCCAGAUCUUCUACUGGACACAGAUGUGGGGGAAGUCACCGCCCAUGAGGUCGAAGAGAGCAUGGGACAAUGGCCCUCACAAGCUGCGCUGGCCGCCAUCUUCAGGGACACCACGACAGCUGAGCUACGCCGCGAAUGGGGACUGGAAGAUGACCCUACUAUACCACGACAGGCACCAUCUCCGCCUCCGGAGGAGAGAGACAGCCAACUCGGGGACCAGAAGGGGGACAAUACCGUUGUUCCCUCUCUGGACCAGGAUGAGCUUGUACGUCAGGUUAUGAGUGACCUCAAAGACCUUGGGGGAGAUCCUCGACACAAGGGGGAUGACCUGGAGGAGGUCGAAGUGGAAACCAGGCCGCAAGCCUCCCGAACUGGCCUCUCUGCUCAAGUCGCCGGGGCGCAGCUUGGUCUGAAAAUCAAGAGGAAAGCAGAUGAAGAACGUAGACGAACCCUUAAAGUCGGAGACCUUGUCGUGAAGCUUCCUCCGCCUCGUGAAGGGGGAACAGCACGGGGAUCUUUGAUGGCUAAAGUUCAGCGCCUGUCAAGUACUAUGUCAUCAAGCUCCUCGGGGGGAACGCCCGCUGAGACAUUGCGAGCCAAGCUGAAGCGAAUGGCAGCGGUGCUCGACGAGGGGGAGCACACAACACAGAAAGUUCAGAAAGGAAAUCGUGGCACGCGGGGGGGAGCUCGCAGAACGCCCGCCACUUCGACGUCGUCGACACCUAAGUGCCAUCUGAGCAGACUCCGUGAGUAG